AUGCUUACAAUUGUCUGGAAAUAUGAGAUGGUGGUGUUGGCUCUGGCCGAAUGUUCGGAACGGAUCACGUUAGCCAGCAGCAGAAUCCGUUCAGAAUGGCGGCGCGGCUAUCUUUGGAGAUCUCCUCUUCGAUCUGAUUCUGGUGGCGUUCUAGUCCCGAGCGCCAAGUUUUUGGAGAGGUGGGGGAAGAAAUGGGGCUUAACGUCAAAUCUCACGUCAAAUAAUUCAUGA